GACUCGCCGGUGUCAAGCUGGUCACAUGAAAGUGCCGCAGUUUGGACAGGACAUGAGCAUAAAAACAAAUUAAUUCAUUCAUUUUUAUUUUUUAAUUGUAACUCUAUUAAUCUGAGAAGAAAGAUUUUCAGUUCUCAAUGGGAGAAUUAUCCCGGAUCUGCACGAGGCUCUUACUUCAGCUCGGGAUAAUUGUAAUUUUCUGUUUAAGUCUCAGCGAAAGCAGCUCAGGUUCCAUUACACUCCAAAACCCUCAUGAAACUCCAGUAUCCAUCCACCCGCUGUGGGUCCAUUACUCCUGCAGCGAAGUCUCGGUGGUCCACCUGCAGGUUUUUGUCUCUUUCGUCUCCGGAAGCACGUCAGUGCUCUUCCAGCGUCAAUGGGAAUGUUCUCCUGGUGCCCACAGAACACAGGUUGUGAAGAUGCAUCUUCCUGACUGGUUGGUUUAUCAGCCUGACUGGAGGAUAGAGAUGUCUGACUGGGUGCUUAGCUGUUUUGUCCGUGUUUGGAUGAGCAGCGGUGAAUCAUCCGAAUCUGAGUCUGAGCCGGGCCGAGAGUCUCUGGCCAGCGCAGUGGAAACUUUCACCGUCCUCAAUCCUCUGAGUCGGAUGUUUAAGGAGCACCUGCUGUGUCCUAGCUGGGAGACAGAGAUGCUUUGGAAAGCUCGCAGGUGGAAAUCCGAGUGUCCAGUGGAAAACGAAGUCUUCACUUUGUUGUCCUCGCUCUACGGGUCCACUGGGGAGAACUUUGGCAUCACCAGAACCCUCGAUCCGUUCACCAACAGAUUGCUGGAAGGAAGACGUCUCAAAGCCGUUACAUAUCCAUGGUGUGGCUUCUCUCUUUGGGUUUUUUUAGACCAACCUUGUAAAGAACAUCUGUGUGGGAUUUUACAUCACCUAGACACUCAGGAGGAUUACGUCAGUCCUUCGUUGUUUCUCGCUCAUACAGGUCACCUCCAUGUCCAGCUGGAAUUAGAGAGCGGUUCGCAGUCAGCGUUUCUGUCUUCCUUCACACUUCCUUUACACCAGUGGUGCUUUCUGAAUCUGGAGCUGACAGGAAGAACGGGGGAAAUUACAGCUGCAUGUAUCGAGGGAGAUGAACAACCAGUUAUCAAGUCCUCAGAAUACACGUUCAGGACGGCACUAAAGAUGGAUGAUACAGAUGGAUAUUUUGUGGUCGGUGGAGGUAAAUUUAUAAGAGGCAUUGAAGGCUUUUAUGGUCCAGUGACAUAUUACAGAACCAGAACUCCAUCUUUUAACCUGUCUGAGCUCCAGCUUCCUCAGUCACUUCGUAUGGUGAAUAUACCUGGAUGGUUUCAAUCCUGUCAGCAGUUUCGGUCUGAACUUGAACACAAAAUAUAUGAGUAUUCACGUGAAAUUGCUGCAAAGACACCAGAAGAGAGAUGUGUGGAUGUAUACACAGAGCUGAGACUGAAAACCAAUCCAGCAUCCUCAAGGACACAGUGCAGCUCUGAUAAAGCAUUACACUGUCCUCAGAGACGCCCGGUGGCUCGGCUGGUCCAGAAAAUAAUCAGCAAAUAUGGCUUUGCGAGUCCAGCAUCUGUUGGCCGAGCUUUAUAUGCUGGCGUGCUGCGUAUGAUGGAGAGAGAAGAGAGUGUGAAGAUAGUAAGCAGCCUGAUGCCUUCUCUAUUACAAGCAGGGUGUUUAGGAGAAAACCGAGCUCUCCAUCUCGCUUCUGUGCUCUACAGCAGUGGACUUGGUGUUAAGAAGCAGCCCUACAAGGCCUGGAUGCUGUCAUUAUUGGGAGCUCAGAAGGACUGGAGGCUGGCUCUCCUCCGGCUGGGGCACCUGCACCAUGUUGGUGGUCAGGGCGUGGCAGCAGACCCUGACCUAUCCUACGCCUAUUAUUCUAACAUCGCCAGGCAAACCUCAGCUGACCGUCUUAAGCCAUCUUCACAACAGACGUUUGUCGAGCCAAUACACCUCCAUGACGAGGAAAUCCUGAAAGCCCAAACCAACAAGGAUGAUGACAUCUUUCAGUGGCUCAAACUCCAGGCACGGAAUGGUGCAGCAGAUGCAGAGCGAGCAGUGGCUCGGAUGCUCUUCUGGGGUCAGCAAGGCGUAAGUCCAGAUAUCCAGACGGCAGUGAGACACUACGAGAGAGGAGCCACCAAAUUACAGGAUCCCGUUUCUAUGUACGACUACGCCAUCGUACUGCUCACGGGCCAAGGAGUUCCACAAGAUGUGCCAAAAGCUGUCACUUUCCUGAAAAAAGCAAUGGAACAGGGCUUCACUCCAGCCAUCACGGCUCUGGGGUGGUACUACGAGCAGUUUGAGAAGAACUACAAGCGAGCAGUGGAGCUCUGGGAACAGGCUGAUCAGCUGGAGCAUCCAGACGCUGCGAUGAAUCUAGGAGUCUUUCACUCGCAAGGCCUUUAUCCUGGACAACAAGCUGAUAAAGUUAAGGCGUAUAAGUACUUUCUGAAAUCGGCCCAGAGAGGUCACAUAAACGGGGGCAUCGAACUCGCUGAAAUUUGGAGUCGAGGUAUUCCUGGAUAUGUGAUGCGACAUCCAUCAGACGCUGUUCUCUGGGUGAAAUGGGCAUCGGAGCAGAAUGGAUAUCUUGGAACAGCCUUGAGGAAAGGCCUGAAUGCUUAUCUUAAGGGGAAAUGGUUCAUGGCAUUGCUUCAUUACCUGAUAUGUGCCGAGUGCGGAUUUGAAGCAGCUCAGUUUAACGUAGCGUUUCUGUGUGAACACAGUCCUCAUGGAUCCUUAAAUCCAGCAUUUAUGAGUGAGUGUAUGUUACGAUACUACAAUCUCUCCAUUCAGAGCCAAGAUCCUUCACCGUACGCGUUGGUUAAAAUGGGAGACCUCUUCUACGAGGAGCACACCCGAGGCAGCAGAGAUCUUUCCGAUGUAGUUGAGAUGUACAAAAAGGCAGCGCUCAAAAAUGACCCACAGGGCUGGUACAGUCUGGGGCUGCUCAUACAGGAAGGUCACAGAUUACCAGCUGCAGUACUCUCUGAACUAAAGCUGCUACAACAUUAUUUUGCAGAUAAAUACACCCUUCUUACCAGCCUGUACCACAGAUGUCGAGACUCUAACAGUGAUGAAGCGUACCUCCCCUGUACUCUUGCUCUUCUUGCUACACACUUAGUCUCCAUACACACACUUGGACCUACUACUGUGAAGCUCCUGAGCGCCAUGGUGGUUGCUGUCGCUACUCUCUCCUUUUUCAAACUCAUCCCUGUCAUCCUUCGUCAGAGGUCAGUAUCAAGCCAGCAGAGCUCCGGAUCAUCAGAGAACACCGAGGCACCAGAACGGGACGAGACUCCAGGAUGAGUAGCCUGAGUAACACUCAGUGGGUCGGUUUAUGACUAACCAUAUGGAGAAAGAGAAAACAAGAGGAUUUUAUUUCAUCACGGUUUGAAAGACAUUUAGGAAUAUCAUUUCAUUUCUCAGCUUGAAACUAUUUAUAGACCUACCUUAUUGGUUUUGUUGUCAAGUACCGGACCUAAAGCACCUUGUGGGUAUGUUGUUGUAGGAAAAUAACAUAUUAUGUUUUUUUUUUAUCCUUUAAUAGUUACAUCCAUUUAAAUAAAAUAGUCCCUGUUAUCACUUACAUUACAGCAAAUAACAAUAAACAAUCAUUCUGACCAACAGAAACAGAUUUAAUAACUAAGAAAUCCUUCCUUUCCAUUCCUGUGCCAGAGUUUCACAUAUCCAGGCCUUCUUAACUAAACAAAAGAGCUAAUUAUAGUGAUUUGCUAAGAAAUAUACACAGCUGCACUUUACAUAAUUAACACAAACUGCACAAUAAAAGACCUGCUUUGUACACAUUUUCUCAUCAGUAAACAUUCUGUACAGGAGGAUGGAGAUGAGGAUUACUCAGUGAUGUUUGUUAGACAGGUUUAGUUUUGCACAUGCCCUGAAUGUUUAAGGAGUGUGUGUGUGUGUGCUUUCUGAUCUGCUGGUGGGAUUAACUGCAACUGAGCUGCAUCUGUAGGAUUGAGGAAACUUGAAAAGCACAGAAAACUGAAGGACAUUCAAGCAUGAGGUGAAGAGUCUACCGAAAAGGGCCUAUUUUUAAUUUGCUUUAAUAAGUUCAUAAUAAUGCGAUUUGACAGAAUUCAUGUUUACAAGAGUUUGAAAACUAUCUCUCUUUGUUGAGUCUGUCCUUGAUUUUACAUGCUCAUGUUGUACAGAAAAUGUGUGAUCAUCAACUCUGGCUCUUAAUCUAACCUUAAACUUAAACACAAUCAUUUUUCAUACAAUUUGAAUUGUUCGAUUGUUAAAAAUGUAGGAAAUGAGUCGAUUUUGGCUUUUCACCGGAAGUCUGACAGCAACUAAGUACAUUCAAUGAGACAAUGCUAACUGCAUAUACAAGGAGACAAAACGGUACAACAGUAAAAUUUAAUUAGAUUUUUGCUCUCCUGACCUAAUGUAUCCAUCCAUGUUUUAUAUAUUAGAUGUGUCUAUGAUUACUAGAAAUUGGACACUCAAUAUUA